GUCUGGAACUGAUAAUCCUUUAGAAGGACCCAGUUGGUUAUUAGAUUUAGCACAAAGUGAUGGGCCUCGGCCGAACUUCGAGCCCGACUCGACGACGCCCUGCGACGGCGCCAGCAGCCCGCCCACGCCUAUAGCCACUACUACAUCCGCACACGUCGACGAAGCCGAGAAGGAGAACACACCGACCGCACUGGCCUUCACGCCGACAAUGCGGCGGCGCAAGCGCAGCAGCACGCCGCCCGAAUCGCCGCGGCCGAAAGGCGGGAGGCACGGUGGCAGCGGACGGGUGCUGAAGGUGAUGGUGGCGAAGAUGCGCCCGGCCGAGGAGGCGCUGGCCAAGGGCGAGGCGUCGCCGCCCAAGCGGCCGGCGCUGGCCGACGCGAGAGCCACCCCGCACAUGCCCAGCCCCAACGGGAACACGCACGGCAGCCUCGCGCCCGAGCCCGGCCUGCGUCUCGGCAAGAGCGAGGCCGAGGAGGCGGGCGAGCCGUCGUACGUGACAGUGGGGCGGUCGCGGCGGACGGCGCGCGCGCGGCCGUCGCCCUCGUCGCCCUCGUCGCGCGCCGGCAGCCGCAGCCGCAGCCGCGCCAGCAGCGCCGCGGCCAGCCCCGCGGACAGCGACGGCAGCGCCGAGCUCGGCGAAGGCGACGGGCGCACGCGCCGCGCCAGGAAACAAGUCAGCUACAAGGAGAAGUCCCUGAACAGGAAACUGAGGAGAUGAUUUACAGCAGUGAAGUAGCUAGCAUCGUAACUAACUUAGAUCAUCCUUUAUUUAUAAUCAUUUUUUAAACAGUUAACACAAAUUGUGUCAUGAAGGUGAGCACACACUAAGGACUGGAGCCCAUUUGUCAGCACUCUCAACACCACGUCCAUACUUAACGUAUGUUGUGUAUAGUUUUUUAGCGUAAAAUAGACGCGCGUUCGUCAGAAACUCUCCUGUGCAUGUGACCGACUAUGGUGCACACAGAACAAUAAAUACAGUAGAAGUGGUUAGUUAGUGUCACACGCGUGCCAACAGUAGGCCUAGUUUCGCCUACUUGAGCUCAGCCCGCCAUUUUCGCUAUAUACGGUAUGGUUAAUGGCCGCAAGAUGGCAGCACGUUGACUAAAAUUUUAAUAUAAAAUUAAAACGCUGUAACUUAGACACUUCCGUGGUUUGUUUUUGUUCGGCGACGGUCCAUUUAAAAAAUACUUAAAGUGUUUUUUUAUGUGGAACAUCGAGUUGUUUGUUGAAGAAUAUAAAAAAUAAUACGUUUAGCAUGGACGCGGUGCUGUAGCGUGCAUAAAAGUGGAGUUUAAUCCGAUUGCAACUCACCGUCAGCAAAUGCACGUGGACACCAACAUCAUAAUCAGCCCGCUGUUAUCCGCUAUUGGACAUAUAUCUCUCCUAGAGCGCACUUUAAAGAUCAUUAAGCAUACAUUAUUUGAUUCUCACUUUUGUCCCGUCUAUUAUUUCGAAUUAGAUGGCGGCUUUAGUGUGACUUGUAAUUAUUUAACACAAUCAAAGAAAGCCUGUGCUUUGUCAUAUAAACAAAAUAUGUAAGUACAGUAUCAAGCUGGAAAUAUUACACAUCGGAUAAUCUCGGAAACCACGAAUAUUUCCGAACGCUGUUGCCGUAUCAAUGUUUGAAGUAUUUUAAAUUUUAUUACAUCAUUUCUAAGGUAGUUCUAAUAAAAAAUUCGCAUUAAUUGUCAUAUAAAUC